AGCUUGGGGAAAACCGGGCAGAAAAAGUACACCCUUCCCUCCGUCUAAACCCCCCGGCCGGGCGAACCCGAAGGCCACCAACCAUGGACUCUUCCGCGCGGAUUCGCGGCUUCAUCUGCUCCUUCGGGCUUCUCUUCAUCCUCAUCCAUGGCGCCUCUGUCUCCGCCGCGGAACCCACCUUCGUCAUUGGUCAGUCUACUUCGGUGCAGCUAUCUCCUGUAUCACGAGUGGAAAACCCUCCUGGUUCUAGGCCCGGCACUUCUAUGUUUUGUGAAAGAGUUCAUAUCCAUGGUUUAUCAAGGAUGAAACAUUUGAGUAAAAUAGCUCAUUCAGUUAAAGUGGAAAUUUUCUCUAACAGUACCAGUCUUCUUCCAACCAAAUUUGAGGUUUGUUUCCACAGAAAUUUAUCUCUUGGUAUGUGCAUGUGCCCUCAAAACCAAUGGGAAAAAGUUGGCAAGGGUUCAUGGUUUCGGCCAAUGUCACCAUUUGACCAUAAGCUCUUAGAUAUACGAGUAGCUGGUUCAUCCUCGGAAACUUUUGAGAUGUCAAUUGAAGAAGAAUUUUUCCUGUAUCGGGUAGUUCUCUUGAUCGUGGGCUUGGUUUUAAUGACCUUUGCAUCUUCUUUGAGCAAUUCUUUGGCUUUCUACUACAGCAGUGCAAUGGCAGUUGGCAUCAUCCUUGUAGUAUUGAUGGUUCUUUUUCAGGGAAUGAGGCUGCUGCCAACCGGGCGAAAAAAUUCACUUGCAAUAUUCAUAUAUUCAUCUCUUAUUGGUUUGGGCUCUUUCCUUCUCCGCUACUUGCCUGGGCUUUUUCGUUCAAUCCUCUCAGAGAUGGGAAUUAGUGAAGACAUGUACAAUCCUUUGGCAAUAUUUCUCCUAGCCUUUCUAGUUCUUACUGGAGCUUGGUUGGGAUUUUGGGUUGUCCGGAAACUUGUCCUCACAGAAGAUGGUUCAGUUGAUGUAAGCACUUCUCAUUUUGUUGCAUGGUCCAUUCGAGUUUUGGCUGCUGUUAUGAUCCUUCAGUGUUCCCUUGAUCCCAUACUUGCUCUAGAAGCAUUGAUAUCAGGAAUUGCUACCUCAUAUAUGACCAGGAGAAUUUGGAGAUUGAAAUUUUUUCGCCGUCUGUACAGGAAACUGCUUUCAUCCCCUAGGGAGUACCACAGAACACCACAAAACAUGGGAUCACAUGCCUUGCAAAAUUCGUACAAUGAGAGAGGCAGGUCCACAAUGUCCUCGCCAGCUUUGUAUAAUUCUCCCUUGCAAGGGACCAGGAUGCCACCUUCUCAGCCGUCGGGUCCAGAGACUUACUACUCUACCUUCCACACCACGCCUGAUAGGAAAAGAUAUUCAGAUGAUGAGUGGAAAAAGAUAACCAGAGAGCAUACUAAAAAAUCCCUGGAAGAACUCGUAUCUUCUCCUGACUUCAGCAGAUGGGCAGUCGCUAAUGCCGAAAGAAUCACUUUGGCUCCAAUCAACAAUAAUGCAAGCACUAGCUGGGCCACUAGACUUCGCAACCUGCUACCAUGGACUUAGGCCACAUCUAAGGUCAUCUUGAGAUGCAAGACGUGAAUUUGCAGCAGAUGGGAGGGCAAAAUUAAUUCCCAUAUACUUAUUCAAAUAGCUUUUUCAAGGUAGAGUCAUGCAAGCGGGUCGCUUACGCAAGUCAGCUAAUUAUCUCAUGCUGCCCUUUUUCACAUGAGGCAGUGAAUCGGUAUCCGAGUUCUCAUAGCAAAUCAGGUCCCUCUUUCUGCGAACGGUAUGUAACUGUAACAUUGUAGUUUAGGAGAUCCUGCAUUAAAAUUCUUGCCACUAGGGAAAGCACGCGGCUUGACUUAAAUUAGAUUAGUGGAGUUCUGUGAUAGGUUUUGCAGCUUCUUGCUCAAUUUAACUUUGAUGUCAUAACUUUGGAGGGGCAUAUACAAAUGCAGUCCACCCAUUUGAAAGUUUCUUGGGGAAAGGAGAGAAGAAAACUCUAUGCAGUUUCAGCUCUCUACAGUUGAGUG